AUGAAUCGAAACAGCACUCCCGAAGGGAGCGCUAUCUCCUCCCUUCGACCACCUCAGUCGAGGACAUCCGUGGGAGCUGGCCAGGCGCUUCGGGCCUCUGCCGACGUGGCUGCUCUGACUGGUAACUCCCCCGCCAGCCGAAUUCGUCCUUCUUCAGAUUUCUACGGCUCUGGACAGGGCCAGGGCCAGAGCGGUGCCGACUCAGACCCUCAAGACAAGAUGACGCAGCAAUGGAUCGCUGAUAUUGACCAAUACGAGACUACUCUGGAGGAGAUGGCGGCGGCUACUCUGGACCAGGACUUCAAGGAUGAACUUAGUGCUAUUGAACAAUGGUUCCGGGUUCUCUCUGAAGCCGAGCGAACCGCCGCCCUCUAUGCUUUGCUACAACAGACGACUCAGGUCCAGAUCCGUUUCUUUAUUCAAGUCCUGCAGCAGAUGGGUAAGAACCAUCCGAUGUCAGGUGUCCUGUCGCCAGCCAACUUCGACAAGGACCCCAUGUCGAACCGCCUGAGCGAUGCCAUGAAUAAGCUGAAUGUGAACUCGUCCAGAAACUCGAUGCCCCAAGCCGGCAACAAGAGAUUCUCCGGGCUCGAGCCUUCCACUAUCAACGCCAUGUUCCCCGAUGCCGCCGCUGCCAUCGCAACGGAGAAGGCCAAAUUCACCCAACAGACAGGCCAGCAGCCACCAUCGAACCGCAACAGCACCGUCGUCGACGUUAGGAACUCGCUCGCACCCACUAUCGCCGAAGAGUCGAAUGCGCAGCACCCUGCCUCCCCCUGGGGAGACAACUCUCGACCAAAAUCUUCCUCUGGCCAACCGCCAAUGGGCCAGUUCGUACAACCGCCACCCUCUGCUGGUCUAAGAUCUCCUCGUCCCCAGAUUGGAUCGAACCAGAACAUCCAGAGCCAGACCAUCAACGCCCCAGACAAGUCUGGUUCCGACUUGCCUCUGCUGUCCCCUUACGCCGCGAGUGGAAACUGGGCAUCUAUGGUGAACACUCCCAUGGUCCCCAACUUCAACACUGGCGCUCCCAACCAGGCCGAUAUGGUUGCGAACGCCACUGCCAUGAAGCUUGCUGCUCUUUCCACUGUUAACAACCGAUUCGCCCUUGACGAUGUGCGCAAGUACCGCCGAGCUCGCUCUAACGAUGCCCCUGGCGCUGCCCAGAACCCGCUCUCGCCUGCUCCACCCGGUAUGCACGGCACUAACAUUGUCAUGGUCAAUGAGCAUGGACAAGUCCUCAACCGUGAUCAGCUACUUGCUAUGCAAAACCAGCAGGCCAUGGGUGGCUUUGGCUCGCGAUCGAGACCUAGUUCCCCUGGUAUCGCCAUGCAGGGUGGAUUCCCGUCCAUGGGCAAUUUCGCAUCUCCACAAAACAACGGUUUCCUGAGCGCUUACGAUGGGUCGAACCCGCUCAUGAGCAAUGGUUUGAGCAUGGCUCAGCUCGGUUUAGGACCAGACACCUACUUGUCAGACUCUGACAUGAGACGUGGAAGAUCGCCGCGUGGACGUCGUGGCAGCUCUAAGCCACCGGAAGACCCGACUGACCCCAGCCUUCUUCAGGACAUCCCUGCUUGGCUUCGAUCUCUGCGUCUGCACAAGUACACGGAUAAUCUGAAGGAUAUGCAGUGGACAGACUUGGUGGAGCUUGAUGAUAAAGCACUCGAGGACCGCGGUGUCAACGCGCUAGGCGCACGUCGAAAGAUGCUAAAGGUCUUCGAACAGGUCAGAGGUAAGCCUACAACAACUGGAGUGUCGUUCACCUGCAGCAUAGCUGACAAAUUUACAGAGGCCAAGGCUGAAGGCAAGCUGGCUUAG